AUGGGCUUUCAGCAUGCCUGUAGCAAAAAGGCGACGGCAGACGAGAUACAAGCCAACAUGAUUCUGCAGCGAAUCAAGGAGCUAGGCUUGGCCGAGCACGACUACUUCUACGGCGACCACUUUCUCUCGAAUGUCGGGCUUAUCGAAAAGACGUGCCUCUUCAAGCUCUGCCAGGCGAUGCCCAAGGGCGCUCAUCUCCACAUCCACUUCAACGCCAAUCUUGCGCCAAACUUCCUGCUCGACAUCGCGAAGGAGAUGCCUAACAUGUACAUCUGGAGUAGCGAGGCGCUGACCGACAAGGCUGCGUUCGCCAAGUGCCGGAUUAAGUUCAGCAUCCUGGGCCCAAAUGAAUUCAAGGCAAAGAACCCCGCUGGUGCUGCAAGAUUGUUCCACAGUCAAUACAAAGCAUACCCGCAACAGGACAAAGGCUGCGGGUGGAUGCUGUUUCUGGACUUCAUGGCACAGUUCCCCGACUUCGCUAAACAGUUGAAAAAUGUGGACUUGAAUGUCAAUCGCUGGCUGCAGAACAAACUCGUGUUCCAUGAGGAGGAGACCCACAACUCGCUCCAGACCUCGGAUGGUGCAUGGAAGAAGUUCAAUGCGCGAACACAGAUGAUAAAGGAGCUGUUCAACUACAAGAAGGCCUACGUACGCUACACGCAAGCGUGUCUUGAGGAAUUCGCCAGAGACAACAUCCAGUAUGCCGAGAUCCGGCCAAACUUUAUGUUCACGAACCAAGUGUGGGAGGAUGAUGGCUCCGCCCGGCUCGACAAUGAGGCCAUUGUGAAGCUCAUCAUCUCCGAGUACGAAGCCUUCCAGAAGAAACACGGCGAGAAGGUCUUCAAGGGACUCAAGAUCAUCUACUGCACACCGCGGUCCUUCGAGAAGGACAAGGUCAAGGAAGCUCUGAACGAGUGCUUGAAUUUCAAGAUGAAGUUUCCUGAGUAUAUUGCCGUAAACAUAUCGUUCCUAUUCCACUGCGGUGAGACGUUGGACAAGGGCACCGAGACCGACGGCAACCUCUUCGACGGCCUACUCCUCGUCGCGAAACGAAUCGGCCACGGCUUCGCCCUGGCAUGGCACCCGCUCGUCAUGCAAGAGAUGAAGAGGAAAGGAGUCCGCGUGGAACUCACCGACAACAGCACCCCCUUCCGGUCGACCCUCUCGCACGACUUCUACCAGAUUAUGGCUGGCAAGCGCGACAUGACCCUCUUCGGCUUCCGCCAGCUGAUAGAGUGGAGCAUCACGCACUCGUGCAUGGACGACACUAAGAAGAAAAAAGUCUACAGGGAGUUGGAAGCCAUUUGGGUUGACUUUGUCACCAAAGUCAAGGACGGCGCGUUCGGCGGGCGGGCGGCGGGCCCCUCCUCCUCUCCGGUGCCGGUGGUGGCGGAACCGCUCCUGGUAGUGGUAGUACCCCCCAUGGCCGCAAGCAGCAGCAACCUCAGGCUGCUGGUUCUGGUUCUGGUUCUAGGGUUUGGCCUACUGCCGGUGGGACUUCUUCGCAUGUUGCCUCAAGUUACCCCCAGAAGAGCCAGGCCACCAGUGGUGCAGUUGGUGCUACAGGUCGCGCUGGGUCUGGCGGCCGGCCGGCUAGUAAGAACGGCGCCACCCAAAGCCGGGGUGGUAGUUGUGCUGGGCCUCAGGCUGGUAGCACUGCUGCUUCGUCCCACGGCAAGCAGCCUAAAAAUGGAACAGGAGUCGGGGCUACUGGGAAUGUCGGAUCUCGAGGCUAGAGUGGCCUUGAUGGAAACAUUGAACAAGGAGAGGGGGUGA